AUGGCGUUCCAUUCCUCGGACCUAGCAAAACUCGCUGACGAUUUCGCGCACUUUGUCGACGGCUACCGCGGCAUCACUGAUGACCUUGAUGAUUUGACCGACCGCCUGUCAGGCCGUCAGGGACUUGAAGGAACUGAUCUGAACGCUGCGCGCACGGUUGCACCAAACAGUCGGCAUCAUGAAGUGCGCAUUGUCUAUCCUGCCCUCGAGCUUGUCCCCGUCGACCACGGGAUCAAGUUGUCCCUGUGUUACCCCAAAGAUGUCGAAUUCCGCCAAGAGCCUCGCCCGAACGACUUUCAGCUGCAAGCUGACAACUUGGACUUCUACGUGAAACUACCUACCGCCGACGUCCAAUCGCAAGCACGGAUACCAUCUGGCCCCAGCAAACAAGCUGCCGACUUACCAAAUACCGGACUUGGCGCUAAGCGCAUCGUCGAGAUGAUGAACCUGUUACACGAGGCUCCCGGCGUUAGCACUUUGGAAGUUGUCGCGUAUAGUCAAAAUGGGGGAACACCGAGACUGAUAACCCGCUUGACGACUUCGUGGCUCACUUCACAAGGCCGUUCAAGCCAGAAGGUCCGACAUCUCGAGUGCGACUACCCUGAAUGGCUUGAUUUUAUGUCCUCCAAUCUGAAUGUGCUGUGGAUCAAAGUGAUCUUCGAUGCCAUGCACCGAUGCAGCGAUCGCUCGUUUCUCGCCGUACAUCAGAAACUUCACAAGUUCGAUACUUACCACUUGAUACCACAAGAUCAAGCCGAGUUUGGACACCUGUGGUCCAGUCGGUCCAUUGCCAGUGCAAAUGAAGUAUUGCUGCAAUGUUUCGCUCUCAUAUCGCCGGUCAUAGAAGACGACCGCCGACUUGAUUGGGCCCGCACACUCUGCGGUUGCUAUGUGAAAGUCAAUCGCGAGCACCUUGGCAGAUUGUCCGAAGAGGCAUGUAAGACGUACACCUGCGAUAGGUGCGGCGAGCCCAUCAUGCAAAAACGUCACAUUCGUCGUAUUGCCAUCAUGCACGACCUGAAGGAGCGCGAUCAGUACAAGAUCCAAGAGCAAUGGUGGCAAUAUCUGAACGCCGCUAUUCCAUCGGGUCAUCAGCCCGUGCAAGUCAGCCCGCUUGCCCUACGCGACAUCUUGUCCGAGACUCUGUCAAGCUUUCGUGUACCACGAUCCGUGAUGCCCCCGGAAUUCUCCCCUGUCAAUCUCCCAGAGACCAAGAUCGUCCUCAAUGGCCUCGCAAACGUUUUACAAAACCCUUCAAUACCUGCAAUCGCGUCUGUUUCGUAUCCAGACACGUGUUAUCAGCUUGCACCGGUCGCCGUGGGUGCCCUCAUGUGCAGCACCGGCGUGAGCUCUGAGACUGAAUUGACUGCUGUGUUGCCUCCCAAGUACUUGCAGUUUCUGGAUGUCUGGUUCACGAGAGCGGUGAAGCUGCUCGUUGCUCGUACGAAUCCGUCGCUUGCCGUCCAAGCGCCUGCUACCCGUUCUGUGGAAGAGAUUCUGAGUAGCAUGGACGAUUGA